GGCGUGGGGUGGGCGCGCACCCUCCGGAUUAAUUGUCGGACGGUGGAGCUGUAAUCGCGGACGCGGAUCCCCGAAAGCGCCGGUGAUUGGUUAGAGCGGCGGGGCUGGUCCUCCGCUCGCCCAGGCGUCGGAUUACAUUUGCAGUUUACGCGAGGGGGGAGAAGUCGGCGUCCGGGAUGCAUAGGAAGCCGCUGCGAGUGCAUCGCCGACCGCAUCCGCAGCACAUGAGGGCGACCGCUCGCCGGGGAAGUGCGCGAUAGGAUAGUGUGGAACCACCGUCUUCGCACGUCGGACGGGGAUCGCAGGUUCUUCUGCUCAGAAGCGCGGCUGUCAUCGCACGGCUCGAUCCUUGUAUUUUUUCCGGAAUACGGUAGUUUUGUCCGGACUUGGCGCUCUGGUGAUGCACAGGGCACGGCGAUUUCAGAGCAAUCAGAGCACUGAAAUUGCACGACACGGGAAUCCUGAAAGAUAGCGUUGGAUCGUUGCUUUUCCUUCUUAUUUUUUUGAUGCUGGGUGGGCAAAAGGAAUAAAAGAUCACCCCGUGGACCAUACUUGGGACUUAAGACGAACAUUUUUUUUGGGAUAGCGUUAUCCAGGGAUGAUAUGUGUUUACCAGACUUGACGAAAUACAUCAACAGGUCGCCGAUGCACAUAUUAAAUGUGCCGGCCGAGAAGAGAGAUUUUCCGGUAACGGCUAUGAGAAAACGCGUUAUGUGAUACCAAUUAUUGCUGGAAAUCGCCAAAGCGCAACUUGACUAGUGAGUCGGGAGCGCUGACUUCGAACGGGCUCCCGGUGGCUGCGGCAGAACAGGCGACUUAUGAAACUUUAUGCAUUUCACAGGAUUGAUAUUUGGAGACCGGUUGACAUAGGCAGCCGGCCUGCUGAAACGGGACAUUAUAAAAAGAAGACGAAUUUUGCCGUGCCGCAGUCUGACAGUAAGAAUGGCUGGCGUCAGCUGUGGGUGGAAGUAUUACCUCUGGAUUUUGAUUGCUAUGUGCAGAUCUACAUUACCGCAAGCGAAAUCCCUGGAAUCGGUUAUUUGGAGCUCACAAAAUCUCAAGUUUCAGCCAGGGAAAGGCUUGGUGAUUUAUCCUGAGAUUGGGGACAAGCUGGACAUUAUUUGUCCGAAGGCAGAUGCCGGAAGGCCGUAUGAAUUCUACAAGUUGUACCUGGUGAAGAAGGAACAGGCAGAUUCCUGCAGCACAGUCAUGGACCCCAACGUGCUGGUGAACUGUAACAAGCCGGAGAAGGACAUCAAAUUCACCAUCAAGUUCCAGGAGUUCAGUCCAAACUACAUGGGCCUUGAAUUCAAAAGGAACACCAACUACUACAUCACAUCCACUUCCAAUGGGACCCUGGAAGGACUUGAGAAUAGAGAAGGUGGAGUUUGCAACACCCGUUUCAUGAAGAUCAUUAUGAAAGUUGGACAGGACCCAAACACCGUGGUGUCAGACCCAGUGAUAAUCGACAGCCCUGGCAAGGACAAGGACAGCACGGAGUCAACCAGCAGACCUCCUGGCAAGGAUAAGGUUGAGCGGAAAGGCAGUACAGGUAGCAUCAACCAAAACAAGACUAUUACGGACGAGGGCAUCUUUGGCUCUAAGGCGGCUCUCUUCGCAGCCAUCGGGGCGGGCUGCGUCAUCUUCCUCUUCAUCAUCAUCUUCCUGAUCAUUCUGCUGAUCAAGAUCCGGAAGCGGGCGAGGAAGCACACACAGCAGCGAGCGGCAGCACUGACGCUCAGCACGCUGGCCAGCCCCAAGUGCUCCGGGAACGCCGGCUCUGAGCCCAGUGACAUUAUCAUCCCGCUGCGGACUACAGAAAACAACUACUGCCCGCACUACGAGAAAGUGAGCGGGGAUUACGGGCACCCAGUCUACAUAGUCCAGGAGAUGCCCCCCCAGAGCCCCGCUAACAUUUAUUACAAGGUGUGAAGAUGGAGAAGAGAAGUGCAGCGGUGAUAUUUUGUAGGACGUUUGGAUUUUAGGAAAUUAUGGCCUACUUUUUUUUUAUUUUUUUUUAUUUUUUUUACUACCUAGACCUUCUGAAGCUGGAGGACAUUUAAACGAUGACCAGCGAAGAUAAAAACGUAAAAGAGUAAUAGAAAGUCAGAAGGUCUACAUAAAGACUGCUGUCAGGACAUUAAUACUUCUCCUGUGUGAGCCAGCAGCAGGUCGUAUGGGUCUUCUCCCUGUCCGCGCCCUGUUUCCUGUUAACCUGCAGAUGUAUUAAGCAGUCACAUGUUCCCUGGUCUUAGCCAUGGUAUAUUUCUGGAUAGCAAAUAAGAGAUGGGAUACAUGGUUUAGGCUUUUGAAUCAGUAGCCUUUCUCCUUGUGUGGUAGUGAGAAGGAACAGGGUAUGUCCGCUGGCUUCGUCACCAAGCUGAAGCCAUUCUGAAUUGCUCAGGUAACAGGGCACAUUGCGACAGAUAGAGCAGCACCGUUCUCUUGCACACUAUGAUGUUUACCUUGCAUUAUUCUCAUCAAAGUUAACUCGCUCUUUCUUCUCAUAAUUCUGCUCGUCAGGUUUUUCUUUUUUUGUUCUUUGCAUUUACAGUAUAUCAUGGUAAAUAUUCCUGUAUUUCAUGUUAUCAUAUCUCAGUAGCAGUGCAUUUAUUUGGCGAAGAAACAUCACGUGUGAGCCGUAACUCUAGGGAGGUCAUUGUUUUCUGUAAGGCAAAAAAAAAAAUUCAUAUUUCCUUUUGUCCGUUCGAUCCCGAAGCAUCGCCAAGAAAGGUAUUUACGAGUGCUGUCAGUCUUACCAGUGCCCGGUGGUGCCUAACUGUGUUCAGACAAGAACAGUGUGCCUGUGGCAUCCCAAAGACAAAUUUAACGGGCCAAACCGGCUGCAGCUCGUGCUGAAGAUUUGCCAGGUGCGAGUCGGACGUGAACGAUAAAAAGUUAUGACUGCAGAUCUUCAGAACUACUUAAGAAAAAGAAUAAUAAAUUACGGUGCUGUGUGUCCACCCUCCCCAAGAUGUGCUU